CACGCUCCGCCCCACUGAGAAAGGAGCAAGAGACCCCUUACCUAGAUCACACCCCGAGGCCUUGAGACUCACGCGUCUAUAAAAAGAGCUUUUCUCCUCUAAGGAAAGCAGCAGCAGACCCUCUCCUACUGAGCAUUUCAUCACAGAGCAGAGAGAGAGCAGGAGAGGAGAAGAGGAGGAGAGGGAUCACAGUUAGAGAGUCGCCACUCUGGAAGAUCUGUGGACAAACGGAGGGAGAUAAACAAGAAGAGAGGAAAAGAAAGCACUUGGAAAAGGCUGAGGAUGGUGUGUCUAUGUUGGUUGUUGGUGGUGGUGAUGGCAUAUGUGUGCGUCCCUGGGUUUGGGUCGGUGUGUUGGAACACCUCCAUCUGCAACGACCUGAGCAACAAGGGAAGGAUACUGGACUGUAUUCACCUCUGCAUGUCUGUGAUACAGACUGAAAUGCCAGAGCUCACAGAAUUGGCCCUGAAGAGUAAUGAUGAUGAUGACCUCUUAUUCAGUAUCAUUCUGGCCACCCUGGCCUCCUCCGAAGGCAAGAUAUCAGGGUCAGAGCUGAACGCCCACAGCGACGAGCGACGCUCGUAUUCUAUGGAGCAUUUUCGCUGGGGGAAACCCUCCAGAGACAAGAUAUUGGAGCCCAAGCUGGUUGCUCAGCGUGACCAGAGACGCUCCUAUUCAAUGGAGCAUUUCCGCUGGGGGAAACCCUCUGGCCGUAAACGCCGGCCCAUCAAAGUCUUUGCCUCUUCUCUGGAGGGAGGGGGCUCUUCUGAGGGCGGUUUUCCCCCUCGGGCUCGCAGGCAGCUGAGCAGUAAUAAGGAUGAAGCGAAGAGGGACCAGAGUAGAGAAAAUCGUCAAAACCAGGGAAUGCCGGGGGCAAGGGUCAGCUCCAAGUCACCCAUCCUGUUGAACCCACAGGACAGAAAAGAUGGGACCUACCGGAUGAAUCACUUCAGAUGGGGAAACCCACCUGUCUCUAAACGUAAUGGCAACUUUAUGAAGCCGGGGGAGGAGAAAGCUCAGGGGCUGCUGGCUAAGCUCUUCAGGAACAUUAUAGUUAAGGAUGUGCAGAGGAUAAUGGAAUGAACAGAGAAGAAGGGGCAGGGGUAGAUGAACAAGUUUAAUAGCCAUUGCAUGUUAGUACCUGCAGGUUUUUUCAUUUUAAAUUACAGAAAUCUUUCACUAUCUUUGGCAUGUUGUUAAAUGUCUUUUCUGGGCCAAAGGUUUGUCUCAUUAAUACCUUAAUGAAAGACAAGAAACAAGGCAGUUUAUGUUGAAUAAAAGCAGUGAUGCACCUGCUGACUGCCUUGGCCUUCUUGGCCUUGACUUGAAAGCUUUCUUAGGAGCUGUUUGUUUGUUUGUUCUUGUGGGAAAUGUCAUUAUUCAUCAAAAGCUUUGAAAAAAAAAAAAGAAUUCAGAGAAUGCACUUCCAGGGUAAGAGGUGGGCAUGAAAGGAAGUAUUUUAAAGAGCAUAGCAGUUUAUUAACAGAGUGGAAUCUUUUUUGUAAAUUAAUAUGAUAUUAAAGAUCAUUCUGUUUGUGGCAAAGAAUAA